UAAUGGGAAAUAAAUCCGGAUCAGAAUUUGGAGGAAUUAUGAUUAGAACUGAAAAAUCUUUAUAUUUUGCUGGAGAUGUUGUCAAAGGUAAAAUUCAAUCAUAAUUUUAGGAAAUAUAUACCUUCAUAUCAUAAAACCUGGUUAUCAUGGAAAUGUCGUUCAAUUUUCAAUAGUAGGAAAAGAGAAAACUCGAUGGACAACUGGUUCUGGUAAACACAGAACGACACAUUAUGGGAAAAAUGUCUUCCAUCGAGAUACUGUUGUUAUUAAUACUUUUUUAAAUGAAAACUUAAUGGUUGGACAAUUUGUUUUCCCUUUUGAAUUACAUCUUCCACCAAAUCUACCUGGAUCUUUUCAUUAUCAUCAACACAUAUUAGCAAGUCUUAAUUACAAAGUCAAGGCUAGAGUAAUAUCAACCUCUAAUUCAAUUAAUGAUAUCAAGAAUAAAUAAGAAAUUAUUAUCCGAGAACCAAUUAAAGAAGUUUUAUAGGUUUCUUCAAAAUAAGAGACUGCUUAUCUGAGAACAUGGUGCUGCAAAGAACAAGGAGUAACAAUUAUAUUUAAUAUAGUCUUCGUCAAUAUCUGCAAAAGUAGCAAAAAAUUUAUAUUUUCCAGCCGAAUUUGUAUAAAUAACAUAUGAUAUUGAUAAUACAGAUUGUAAGCUUAAUAUAGAAAAUGUUGAUGUGAUUAUUGUGAAUAGACUAAAUAUCAAAUCUAAUUCAGGUUCUUCAUGUCAUAUGGAAUUCAAAUUAAGCGCUUUAUCUCAUAAUGGAAUAUAAAAAGGAAUGAAAAUAUAACCAUCUGCUUAAAUUGGAUGCUCCUUACAAUUGGUUAAUGCUCAACAUCCAGAAAUUGUUCUCACACCUUCAACAACAGGAAAUUUUGUGAAUUCAUCAUACUAUGUGAAAAUAUCUCCAAAUUACGAAGGUAAAAAUUUGAAAUUUUGUAAGGCUGCACAUGUUGUAGUACAAAACCGAUUGUAUUAGUACCCAUAACUGUGUUGGCAGUCCUUCCAUAAGAUUAUUUAGAACCAAUCGCGCAACAGCCUGAUAAUUGGCAACCCCAAUCAUUUUAACCUUUGAUAAUAAAAUCAAAUAAUGUUGACCCUUUCAAUAACAAUAACAAUAAUUUGAAUAAGAUGGCCAAUCCAAUGAACAGCUGA